CUCUGGGUUUGAACACCACGAUGAUGGAGCUGGUUCUGCUGCUGGGCUGCAUCUUCUCUGACUGGAGCCUCCUGGUUUCUGCAGAAGAAGAGGUCCUGAUGAACACUAAAGCAGAAACAUCUGAUCUCAAAUGGACCAUCUUCUCCCAAGACAAAUCAGAGUCUCAGUGGGAGGAAGUGAGCGGUUUAGACGAGGAGAAAGACAGCGUGAGGACGUUUCAGAUCUGCCAGACUGAAAGCUCGUCCAGCCAGUGGCUGCGCAGCGGCUUCAUCCAGAGACGAGGAGCCUCUCAGGUCUACGUGGAGCUGAGGUUCACCAUGAUGGAGUGUUCCUCCAGGAGCACGCACCACCGCAGCUGCAAAGAGACCUUUAACCUCUACUACUACCAGGCGGACUCCAACGAGGCCACGGCCACCUUCCCACCCUGGAUGGAGAACCCCUACACCAAGGUGGACACAGUAGCUGCAGACUUCCUCCUGAGGAAGGGCGGGGAGAGGAAAUUCAACGUGAAGACCCUUAGACUCGGCCCUCUGAGCAAGAGAGGGUUCUACUUGGCCUUCCAGUCUCAGGGCGCCUGCAUGGCCCUUCUGUCCGUACGGGUGUUUUUCAAGAAGUGUCCCCCCUUGGUCAGCACUCUCUCAUCCUUUCCCGAGACUGUUCCCCGGUAUCUGGUGCAGGAGGCGCAGGGUUCGUGCGUGGAGCACGCCGCUCAGCAGGGACCCCCAUCUCGGACGCCUAAGCUCUUCUGCGGGGAAGACGGCCAGUGGGUGGGGCAGCCGACAGCUUCCUGCGCCUGCAUUCCUGGAUAUGAGCCAGCUGAGGGGCAGAUGCGCUGCACAGGUAAGAGGCCUUAA